UAUUUUUUUAUAUAUUUCAUACAAUUAAAAAUUAAUGAUUUGAUUUUUUCAGUUUUUUUUUUAUUUAAUUUUUUAAAUAAAUGUAUUUAAAAAUAUUUCAGUCAUUAAAAAAGAAAUUACUAAAAAAAAUUAAAAAAAUCAUAUUGUUUUAAAUGUUUAAUUUAGUUAUUUUUUAUUAUAUUAAAAAUAUUUCUGUAUCAGAAUUUGAAGCUAUUUUUAACAGCAUUUUGUGGAUGUGGAUCAGCGUGACGUGAGUGUGGAGGCCGGCGACGAGGAUGGACUUGGAUGUAAAUAUUUCCUCUCCUUUAAGCUUCCUUUGCCGAAUCUGCGUUGAAUCCAAGAUGGCUGCCUUAGUGAGCGUGUGAAAAUGUUUAGUGGGCUGAGAAACCGUGGCUCACUGUGGAAAUACGCCAGGGAGGCCAUGAAGCCAAUAAAUCCAUUUGGAUCUUUCCUACGUGAGAACGGGACGCCUUUCAUGUGGGAGAAUAAAACACACACACACACACACACACACACACACACACACUGCUUGUCUGGGGUCAGUGGUGCCCCCUGGCCCGGUGACCUCAUCACACAGCAGUGCAUUAUGGGUAGUGGCACUCAGGUCGCACAGCUGUCUCUCCGCCUUGGGGCCCAUCGGCCCCGGUGAGUCAGGGUGCUCAAAGUGUGGCACGGCAGCUCGCCUGGCAUUUAUCAUGGCGUGAGACCUGACACGUUUACACGCCGCUAACACGCUACGUGCUAGUUAGCGGGCUCGGGUAGGAUGGACGCUUGGACUGACGUGCGUUCUCACAGAGUCGGAGCGGUUAGCCCGAUUCGGCCCUGCACACAACAAAAGGGCCUCCUGCACUAAAAGUGCUUUUUGUAUUGUUUCAUUUUCAAAAUGGCUGCAUGAUGAAUGUUAUGCAAGAAAAUGGGAUUUCCUGGAAAACCGCCAUAUUUCUUUUUUAAAAAAAAAAAAGUGCAAAGCUCAGACUUAAUGGCGGACAAUGCCGCUCGCCACACGAUGAAUAUUUGAUGACCGAGCAGCAGCGCUUCGCUUCGCAAUCGAACGUCGGGGGCCUUCUUCUUCUUCUCCUCCUGUUUUCCCGCCUCAUUUCAUGACAUUAAACAUCAAUCACGUCUCACCGCAGGCGAAAUGUCAGCGGCCACGCCCCCCCGUGACCUUUUAUUAAGAUCCACUUGGUGGCUUAUUUGUUGCUGAGCCUGCUGGGGUUGGCUUAUUGAUGGCUCAUCUGUAGCCAUGGUUGCUAUUUGGUCUUUAUUUCUGCUUAUUUGUCAGUGAAGUCCUGCUAAAGGAAUUUGUAGGCCUAUUAUUAUUAUUAUUAUUAUUAGGGAAGAUUAUUUUGCUGGCUGGAGCCACAGUUUGGAGACCUUUGCUAAGUGGACCUUCCAAAGUGUGGCUAAAAUAAGAUGAUUUAUGGAUGCGGAAAGUGCGCAUUGCGUGCAUUUGCUGAUUUUGAACGAGAAGGCGCCACCUCGCUCCGGAUCCGCACCGCAUUUUAUCAAUUUCUGUCUUUGCCCACGCCCCACCCCGUGUGAAGUUUCCCGGAAAUGGAUUAAGUGCUUUCUUUGCGUGUUUCAGCUCCGCGACAAUCAAACGGCGACGCAAAAAAAGCUGGACGUCGAAGGGGGAUACCUUUAUGGGGGAUAGUUUGACGGUAAAGCAGCCGUCUAUCGGUUUCUGCUUCCCCGGUUGCGUGGAGGGGCUUGUGAAUGAUUUAAAGCUUUUUGCACCAUCCUCCCCUCCCUCCCGAGCUCUUCCUCCCUCCCUUCCCCCCCACUGCCUCCUCCUCCUCCUCCUCCUCUCAGCCUGGAGAUGCUGCUGCUGAUGCAGGCGACGACUGCAGCAUCGGACUCGGACAUGCGUUCAUUCAUCCGUGCCGCACGAUGCUGGCCCACCCGUGUGUGAGCGCCUCACCUUGACGGCGUGCGUGCUGGAAGAGUGACCGGGCUGGAGGUGCAGGGAGGCGGCCUUGGAGAGCAGGGAGUGUCGGUGGAACCAUCUUUUUUUUUUUUUUUUUUUUACAGGAGUCUUCUGGUCACGUGGGGUCCAAACAUCCAGUGAAGGUGAUCUUACCUGCCGAGUAACCGUCCUUCAAAGUUCUCCACGUCCUUGAGAAGAUACAUCAGAGGAAGUAGUCUCUUGUGAGGUCUCAGCAUGAGCGGCCUGGCAGGCAAGCUGGACCCCCGUCGGGUCCAGUGGGGCUCGGCGUGGAACACCUUCACGUCCCGCGUCCUGAGGACCAAACCCGUGGAGUCCAUGUUGGAUUCGGCCAUGACGGGGACGGGUCCUCACGGCACCAAGCUGGCCCGCGUGCUGUCCACCAUGGACCUGGUGUCGCUGGGCGUGGGCAGCUGCGUGGGCACGGGGAUGUACGUGGUGUCCGGCCUGGUGGCCAAAGAGAUGGCCGGCCCCGGGGUCAUCGUGUCCUUCAUCAUCGCCGCCGUGGCCUCCAUUUUGUCAGGAGUGUGUUACGCUGAGUUCGGAGUGCGCGUGCCAAAGACCACGGGCUCGGCCUACACGUACAGCUACGUGACGGUGGGCGAGUGCGUGGCCUUCUUCAUCGGAUGGAACCUCAUCCUGGAGUACUUGAUCGGCACGGCGGCGGGGGCGUCGGCGCUCAGCAGCAUGGCCGACUCGCUGGCCAACCACAGCAUCAGCAGCUUUAUGACCACGCACAUCGGAACGCUGAACGGCUUUGGGAAAGGCGAGCAGUCCUACCCAGACCUGCUGGCGCUGCUCAUCGCUCUGCUGGUGACGGUGAUCGUGGCGUUGGGCGUCAAGAACUCCGUGGGCUUCAACAACGUCCUCAACGUCAUCAACCUGGUGGUGUGGGUGUUCUUGAUGAUCGCCGGCCUCUUCUUCGUCAACGGGGAGAACUGGGACGAGGGGAGGUUCCUGCCCUUUGGGUGGUCGGGGGUGAUGCAAGGGGCCGCCACCUGCUUCUACGCUUUCAUCGGCUUCGACAUCAUCGCCACGACGGGGGAAGAAGCCAAAAGUCCCAACACGUCCAUCCCGUACGCCAUCACCGCCUCGCUCAUCACGUGUCUCACGGCGUACGUCUCGGUGUCGGUCAUCCUGACGCUGAUGGUGCCCUACGACGAGAUCGACGCGGACGCCCCCCUCAUGGAGAUGUUCGCCGUGCACGGCUGCAUGUUCGCCAAGUACAUCGUGGCGGUGGGCUCCAUCGCCGGGCUCACCGUGUCCCUGCUGGGGUCCCUGUUCCCCAUGCCCAGGGUCAUCUACGCCAUGGCGGGGGACGGCCUCCUCUUCAAGUUCUUGGCCAACGUGUCCUCCUACACCGAGACCCCCGCCGUGGCCUGCGUGGUGUCCGGCUUCUUGGCGGCGCUCUUGUCCCUCCUGGUCAGUCUCAGGGACCUGAUAGAGAUGAUGUCCAUCGGGACCCUCUUGGCCUACACUUUAGUGAGCCUGUGCGUCCUGCUGCUGCGUUACCAGCCCGAGGGCGACAUCCACGGCUUCGUCAACUUCCUGUCGGAGGAGCAGAAAACGAAGAAGAAAGAAGGCGUCCUGGCCGAGUGCGAGAAGGACGCCUGCUCGCCGACCACCGAGGCCGACGAGUACGGCGGACUCCCCACCAACACCUGCGGCGCCAAGAACCUGCCCUCGCUGGGCGACAACGAGAUGCUGAUCGGGAAGCCCGACAAGAACGCCUACGCCGCCAGCCACCCCAACUACGGCACGGUGGACAUGGCGAGCGGCAUCGAGGCCGAGGAGGCGGAGGACGGGAUGACGCGCCGCUUGAAGAAACUCAUCGGGCCGCGCUACUACACCUUGAGGAUCAGACUGGGACUGCCGGGGAAGAUGGACCGCCCCACGCCGCUCACGGGGAAGACCGUUACCGUGUGUGUGCUGCUCCUCUUCAUCGUCAUCUUCGCUUUCUGCUCCUUCAUCAUCUUCGGAGCGAGCAGCAUCGCUGAAGGUCGCUGGUGGGCCCUGCUCCUGCUCAUCUUCUUCAUCGUCUUCAUCGCCCUGCUCAUCGUCAUCAUUCUGCAGCAGCCCGAGAACCCCAAGCGGCUGCCCUACAUGGCGCCCUGCGUGCCCUUCGUGCCCGCGUCCGCCAUGUUGGUCAACAUCUACCUCAUGCUCAAACUGUCCGCCAUCACCUGGAUACGCUUCUCCGUCUGGUGUCUCGUGGGCGUGCUGAUCUACUUUGGCUACGGGAUGUGGAACAGCACCUUGGAGAUCACGGCCAGGGAGAACGAGGUCCACGCCUCCACCUACCAGCGCUACGACCAAGGCGUGGACGAGGGCUUCUGCGGAUUUGACGAUGACUUCUACCCGCCCGCCGGCGACGCCUGGGACACGCCGGACGCGGGGUCAGUCCCUGGACGCGCCCCUGAGGCGGUACCGGAGAGCACCGGGACCCCCGUAAAAAGGGCCGUCGUACCUAACCAGGCCGAUGACGAAGCCGCCGUGGACUUCUGAAAGGGAGGGGCUCAUCACCAAUGUACUGCCUUGUCUGCACCCUUGGGGGGCGGGGUUGGCGCGGGUGACGGGAUGACGUGUGCAUGCCAGCAUGUCGGUGUGCCCCCCCCCACCCACCUUUAUCACACUCCCUUCUUUCUUCACUGCUUGCUUUCAACAACCUAAAAUGGAAGCUCAUACCGAUCCGUGACACCGCCCCCCCGUUCCCGACCCCCCCAUGAAAACCGCAGAUAGGAAAGUGCAGACAUAUCAAAAGAUAAGCGCCUGACUGGGAAUGAAGCGACGCUCCACAACGUCCCGAAAAGACGUCUUAUCAACGUCUUCGCGUUGGUCACACGUCCCAAACAUCUCGCCCGGAAGGACUGAGGACAAGAUAGGAAUGUUCUCACAUUUUCUUCUCGGAUCCGUGCUUGCGAUUAGUGCCUUCAUGUUCUUCAUGUUCUUAUCGUGUUUCUCCGUUUGUGCACAACUUGACCGUUUUCAUGUCCGUCCUCCUCCUCGCUUUUCUUCUCCAAGUUCUCCAAGUUCUGCUUUGUUUGGUCCUUCCUGUCUGCACGUUGGCUCCUUUUUCCGCAUGCAUGCCUUUCUUGCUGCUUCCUGGUUGCAGUUUGGUCUUCUUAACUGGAUGCCCCCCCCUCACCCCCCCAAACUUCAAGUCAUAAUACCAGCAUUAGCAUUAGCAUUAGCAUUAGCCAGCGUUCUAAACAUUCAUCCAUUCCAUUUAGAACUUGUGUGUCGUCCAAUCUAAGCCAAACAAUCGAACGUAUUGGAAGUUUUUGUUCCAAGUCUUUUGUCCACAUGGAGUUUUGGACGAAGCCCCCGACAAGGGGGGCACAAGUGCCCACGAUUCUAGGGGCCCACGGCUGAUAGAACCAUAGAAAAUCAGAACAUAGAAUCCCAAAAAAAUAUGUAUUAUUAUUAUUUCAUAUUACUUGUCGGCAUGUUGUUUUUACUAUGGUGGUCCUUAAGGCUAUGUGGGGGGGGGGGGGGUGUUCACCCAGGGACAUAAAUUUGGGGGGUGCUCACCUCAUAAAUUUGGGGCCACAUUUUCAAAGUCAAUAGUAGCAGAAUCAUUAUUUGUUGGUUGUUGGUAGAAUUGAAAUGAACGUGGGGACGCGGGGACGGGGGGUCGGGGGACGGGGGGGACGCUCACCAUAUUUUGGAGGGUGCAAGUUUAAAAAAAAUAUGUAUACUAGUGUUGCAACAUAAAGGUGAAAUGCAGAUUAGUCUGUAUUUUUUAAUCAUGAACUUCGGUGGUCCGUAAGGCUAAAUACUUAACUAUUUAAAUACGGGGGCCAAAUUUGGGGGCGACUUAAAAAAAAAAAAUGAAAUCAUAGCAGAAUAUUUAUUUGUCAGAUGUUGUAGAAUUUCAACAAAAUCCUCAGCCACAUGGGUCCCCCUAAAUCUCCUUACUUGGGACUGCGGGAGUGGUCACCCUGGGGGCAGAUUUUUGGGGGGCGCAAGAUUUAAAACAAAAAAUAGGAGAGAAGGAAAUCAUGUUGACAUGUGGGGGUACGUAUCCGUGGGCAACACUUUGGAAGAAGGAGAAAUAGCAGCAGGAAAAUUUGUUGUCUUUUUUUUUGGUGCAUGGCCCCCCCUGGGGGUCAGUCACCCUGGGGGCAAUUUAUGUUGGGAUGCAAAAUUUAUAAGAAAAAAAAACAUCAGACAUGCAACAGACACCUUAGAGUUGGCUUCCUGUUAAUACCCCCCGCCCCCCUACCUGUUUGGUCCCCAAAUGGGGGACAUCAGACAUGUUUUUUCCUUCCACAUUCCCAUCUGACCUGCAAGGCCCAAGUCUAGACCAUGUGGACCACAGGAACCCGUAGGGGGCGCAAAUAUCAAAUAUGGGUGGGUGUCACGGGUGCUCACUUUGCCAGGCUUCUGAUUAAUAUUUUUUCAGAUUUUUUAAAUUUUUUUUUUACUUUCCAAAAAAUAUAUGUGGACACCUCCAUGAGUCAGGUAGUCUGCCUGGACGGCCCCCUUUUUUGUAGUAGCCACGCCCACUUCCUUGCAUGUCAUGCGUCAUCAACGUCCGCAACUAUAAAACAUAAGCUAAGGCUGCCGGGGUCGAUUCCGAGGUUAUACCAACUCAAGUGGAGUGGGCGUGUUGAUCUUGGGGGUCGGGGGUCCGGGGGUCGGGGGUGCUUGUCCUUUUUGUGCCCCUCUUUGCUGCAACUGUCCCUUUAAGGGAAGCCUUAUUUGUCAAAUGCACUAAAUCUAAGGAUGCCACGCCACAUACAAGAACCCCCACCCUACCUCUGAUGACAUCACACAGCGCCACCUCAUGGCCAUGUCGCCCCCCCAUCGUCAUAGCACAUAAACAGUGAAAACACACACUUCCACACACUUCCACACUUCCACACUUCACCCAUGUACCUUAAUCACCUCCCAACUCAGCCAAAAGACCAAAACGCAGCCAAAAAUAAUCACUAAAGACUUUGGAUUGUAAACUUUCACCAUCUUUCUUCUUCUUCUGUGUGUGUGUGUGGUUGCAUUGUGUAUAUGUGUGUAUGUGUGUGUUGGUGUGUACGUGUGUGUGUGUGUGUGUGUGUCAAGCAUGCUCUUCAUGCAUGACGACUUGCAUGUGCUGAUGACGAUGCAACAGAAACGCAACGUGGAACCAAGCCAAACACGCAACUCACAACAGUACCCCCCCCCCCGUCGGAAAUCAUACCAAAGGUUACCAAAAUGUUUUGGUUCAUUUAAAAUUAAUUAAUUGACACCAAACUUCAUUGGGACAUCAUGUAAAGAAUGUACUAAGUGUACUAAGUGUACUAAGUGUACUAAGUGUACUAAGUGUACUAAUUGUACUAAGUGUACUAUAAGUACCACAGUACCAAUUGUACAAAACAUUAUGCACCAAAAUUUAAAAAAAAUCACAAAACAUUUCGGAAAGUCAGCAAAAACAUUUUCUUUCACCAACAAGUACUCAUAAGAAUUUUGCGCUAUAUUUUAUUUUUUUAAAAUGUAUGAAAAAUCUGUCACCAAAAUCAGCAAUUUGCUAAAUAAAUUAACAACCCUCUUUAAAUGAUGAAUAUUUAUAAAACAAGAAUUUAUAAUGACAUUUUACAAAAAUUUAUUUGCAAAUUAUAUGAAAAGCUCAGUGCUAAAUAAGUAAAUGAUGAAAAAUGUAGUUUUCUGAGUUUUCCAAAAAUGUUAGCAACAUGUCGCAAAUCACAGGAAAAGUAAACAAAAGUAAGAAUCACAACAAUGUUAAGCUCAAAAUAAUUUUGAGGUAUAUUUGUCAAUUUAGCAGUGCAUUUUAUGAAAAAAGGGAGCCAUUUCUAAAAAAAAAAACCUUAAUCAUCAGAUUAGGAAAUCGUAGAAAAAGUUACGACAAAAUAAAGAAAUCAUGAAAAGUUUUAAAUAAUUUUGACAAAUGUAUUUCAACAAUAAAUUAUAAAAACAGGGUAUGAAAAAUAUGUUUGCAAGUUGCACAAAAUUUGUAAAUUCGGACAAAUGGUAGUUUUUCAAGUUUCCAAAAAAAUUUGACCAACAUGUCAAUAAUCCCACGAAAGGUAGACCACAAAAUUAAGCAGCCACAAAAAUGCUACGCUUCAAAUACUUUUGUCCUAUAUUUUUUAACAAGAAUUUAUAAGGAAUGAAAGUACAAAAAAUUAUUUGGCAAAAAUGUAAGCACUAAAUAAUCAAUUUCUCAGAAGUGCCAAAAAAGUAUGACCAGUAUGCUCUCUCAAGAAUAAUCAAAAAUAAUGAAAUUAUAUGAGAAAUUUGCACAAAUAGUUAAGCACAAACAUUUUAACAACAAUUAGAAACAAUUAAGCUUGCAAUUUGUACAAAAAGCUCAGCACUAAAUUAGUAAAUUACAAAAAAUGUAGCCAUGCUAACCAAAGGUUAACCACCAAAUAAAGUCGUAAAUAAAAUUGUAGGUCCAGCGCACAUGCUCAGUAUGACUGUGAAGUAAAUUUCAAGUACAGUACUUGCAAAUUCUGUAAAAAAUUAGUACAAAAAUGCAAUUUUUUUUAUAUUUGUCCUGCAAUUAUAUUUUACAAAACUAUUAUUUAAAAGCUAUAUUUUACCAGGAAAACCAAGUUGUUAGUAGAUUGAUUAACAAGUAAAAAUUGAAUUUUUUAAAAAUGAAUUCCACAGCCUCCUUUGGUAAGAAAUCCUACGAAAUUGUGGUUGAGUCCAUUCUCGUUUGAUGUAAGACAAACUUUGUCGGAGGACACACUAGUACAGGAAACAUACUGUACAUUUCCGAAGUUAGCACUUUUGGAAAAAUGUGCACCCUCUUCCCAUUCGCCUUUCCAAGCCAAAGUCGGCCAUGUUUGUUUACUUUCUUCAAAAUUUGAUGAUUUUUUAAUUUUAUUUUAAUGUUUGAAAUCCAAGUGUUCCAUUUAGGCGAGUAAAGUAGCUUAUAGACGCCAAGCUACGGAUGUUGCGUGCACAAGAUACAAUUUUGAAAACUAGAAAAAAAAAACUAUAAUAGCGAGUAUUUUUCUACAGCUACUUCCUGUCUGCAGGUUGACCCACAACAUGCUUAGAAGCUAUAAAAGUAUAUUUUUAACAACAGUAGUCCCUCUAGAAUGCUAAAUCUCCUUUCUAGAAAGAUUCUAGACGCUAGUAGGAAGAAGUAUUUUAUUAUAAAUUCUACUACAAACACAAAGAAGCUGUUUUAUUCCCCGGAGAAGGCGGCCAUGUUCUUCCUGUGCUUGUUGUCUUGUUGUUUCACCGUGUUCUUUGGCAGCGACUGACAAAUACAUAUAUAUAUAUAUAUAUAUAUAUCUCCAUAAAAUAUACAAACAGUACUUCUUUUGUCUGCUGUAUAGUUUUGGCACAAAACUGUAAAAAAAAAAAAAGUUGCGUUGAUUUUUUCCUAUACUUUGGUUUCUUCUUAAUGUGUGUGUGUGUGUGUGUGUGUGUGUGUGUGAUGUGUGUAAGUUGUUAUAACUCGGCUCUUGGGUGCACUUUUUUCUGCUCAGUUGUGAUGAUGAAAGUUAUUUAUUGAAAAUACAAAGUCAAAUAAACUAAAAAAAAAUACAAGAAUACUUGCUUUUUUUAACAACUAUUUCCCUUAUUUGCAGGAUGAAAAGGUUAAAGACACAAAAUUAAUACAUGCAAUUUAAUAAUAAAAAAUAUUAAUACAUUUUUUUUUAAACCAACAUGUCCUCAUAAGAACCUUGGAGUAUAUUUUAUGACAAAAUAUAUGAGAAAUGUGCAUGAAUGGGCUUCAGAAAAUGUUGCAAGAAUUGUGCAGUACAAUUAAUGUUACUUCAACACAUCUCUCAGUGGUAAGUAGCUUUAGCAUUAGGUUAGCAUUACGACGUUACAGCAUCAGUAAGGUCUAAUGUGUUUUGCGGGACUACCAGUGUUAAAAAAAACUUGGAUAGAGUCAUUAAUUGUGGUUGGAAAAGGCUAUUAGCAACACCGCUACCUGUAUGCACACUCUAUAAUGCUUCACAGACAAGCGCUUUUUCUCUACCAAGUAACGUUGGAAAGAUGUCUGGCUUCAGCAAGUUCGUCGGCUAGUCCAACACGUGGUCACAAAACAGUCCAGUCGGAAUUUUUACAAGAUUUUUUAAGCACGCUGUACAAAAUGCUCAGUGCUAAAUUAGUAAAUAAAAAAAGGGUAGUUUUUCAACUUUCACUCGACCAAGUAACGUUGGGAAGGCGUCUGGCUUCAGCAAGUUCGUCGGCUAGUCCAGUUCGCAUUCACAACACAGUCCAGUGAAUUUACAAGAAUUUUUAGCACAUUGUACAAAAUGCUCAGCGCUAAAUUAGUAAAUAAAAAAGGGUAGUUUUUCAACUUUCACUCGACCAAGUAACGUUGGGAAGGCGUCUGGCUUUAGCAAGUUAGUCGGCUAGUCCAGUCCGCAUUCACAACACAGUCCAGUGAAUUUACAAGAAUUUUUAAGCACACUGUACAAAAUGCUCAGCGCUAAAUUAGUAAAUAAAAAAGGGUAGUUUUUCAACUUUCACUCGACCAAGUAACGUUGGGAAGGCGUCUGGCUUCAGCAAGUUCGUCGGCUAGUCCAGUUCGCAUUCACAACACAGUCCAGUGAAUUUACAAGAAUUUUUAAGCACACUGUACUAAAUGCUCAGCGCUAAAUUAGUAAAUAAAAAAAAGGGUAGUUUUUCAACUUUCACUUGACCAAAUAAUGUUGGGAAGGCGUCUGGCUUCAGCAAGUUAGUCGGCUAGUCCAGUCCGCAUUCACAACACAGUCCAGUGAAUUUACAAGAAUUUUUAAGCACACUGUACAAAAUGCUCAGCGCUAAAUUAGUAAAUAAAAAAGGGUAGUUUUUCAACUUUCACUCGACCAAGUAACGUUGGGAAGGCGUCUGGCUUCAGCAAGUUAGUGGGCUAGUCCAGCCCGUUGUCACUAAACAGUCCAGUCGGAAUUUCUACAAGAAUUUUUAGCACAUUGUACAAAAUGCUCAGCGCUAAAUUAGUAAAUAAAAAAGGGUAGCUUUUCAAGUUUCCAAAAAAAUCAAGUCUAAACAAAAACACAACAAUUUUUUUAAUGUAUUGUUAUUUAUUAUUUUUAUUUUUUUGUCCCAUCCAGCAGAUAGUAUUUAUUAUUAUUUAUUAAUUGUAUUAAUUAUUCAUUUUUAAUUUUAUAUUAAAUAAAUAUUAUUAGACGUUUUGAACUCAAAAUGGAAAAAAAAAAAUCACAUUUAAUUAUUAAUUAAAACAUUUGAAACAGUUGCACGGAGGUUAGCAUCCGCCCCGGUUAGCAUGUUUUUCAGUUCCUAUUGAAAAUUUGCGUCGAAAUUUUGCUGCAAUUUAGUAAAUUUUCUAUUUAAUUUUCUAUUUAAUAUUUUCUAUUUUUUAUUAUUAUAUUAUUCGCAUCUUGUUGUGUUAUUAAUACACUACAUGACUCCAAAUGUCUUCUUUUUGUUUUUUUGUUUAAUGGCAAAACAUCCUUAGCUUUGAAGCUAAAUACUAAAUACUUCUAACUAAUAUUACUUGUAAUAUAUACACAGCAUAUAGUAAUAAAUAAGAUGAAGAGAAAAAGCUUUUCAUUACUCCAAUUAUUACUGUCAUCAUAUUCUUGACCAUAUUAGUGACCCACAAUAUAAUAUUACUACACAAAGCAUGCUACAUUUAUAUUAUUUAUUGUGUUGUGGAUUAAAUAUUGAUUAUUUGUCAUAUAACCGAGUAUGAAAUAUUCUUUUCCUGGCGAUGCUUAUGGUAUUCAUACAUGAACAUCCAGGCUGCUCCUUUUGGGAUGCAAAAAAGCCAAAGAAAAAGCAGUUGCUGUUGAUUCCUUCGAUGCUAUUAGAAUCAAAGUUUGCUUUUGAGGGAAAUUAUUAGUAGUAUUAGUGUUUUUAUGUAAUCCUGUGUUAAGGACUACUACACACUUUGAUACUGACUCAGCAAAUCAGGUGACCAAGCACAUUUCAGGACGUUUUGUCUCCAGCAACUCCUUAACAGGACUGGAUGUAAUGAGUGUGUGUGUGUGUGUGUGUGUGUGUGUGUGUGUGUGUUUCUCGACAAACUCUCCCGUUUGUCCAGUCAAGGUCUCUGACUAACGUUACCAACGAGAUAUGAGAUAUGAGAUAUGAGAUAUGACAACGCUUGAUAACAACGUGACGCUUUAUGGAACUCUUAAGUGGAAAAAAAAAAAUAAAAAAUAACAAAAAAAUAACAUGGUGGUAAAAAUCACAUUUAAGGAAGUUAGUAUUAUCACAAUUACAUAAAUAUUUACACUUACAUUUUUAUCACACUUCAUUUUUAGCGUAACAGAUUCAAAAAUAAAAUCCGUUUUUUUUUCAGGAUGCUAGCUAGCAAGGAAAUUUGACUCAAAUUGUUUGGGAUGGUUAGCUUAUUUGUUUAAACACUUAUAUAUUACACAAUGUUGGUACUGUAUGACCUUAACGGAGGGGUGUCCAAAGGGCGGCCCGGGGGCCAUUUGCGGAAUACUACUGUUUUUUUAUUGUAAAAAUUUAUUGUAAAUAUUACAUUGUAAAAAUAUUAUUUAAUAUCAAGAAAGCUACAGCGCUAAAGAUGGAAACAUUUUUAGUCAUUUUACAAAAUAUAGUCAAAAUAUUAAAACUUGUAAUAUUACAAGGUAAAAAAAAGUCAUUUAAAAAUGCGUAGUGUUGAAAUAUUAAAGAAAAAAAUACAUUAUUUUUUUAAAUUAUUUUAACAUGAGAAAUAAGUAAUUUUUUUAGAAAAUUAGGUUGGCGAAAAGUCCAAAACAAAAUAGGCUAGCUCCCUUUUUUUUUUUUUAACCCUUGCUUGUCAUCUACGCCAAAAACAAUAUUUUUUCGUUUGAAAUGAUUUUUCCGACAUUUUCGGUAACCGCAAAGGUGAGAGAUUAUAGAUCGGAAAAAACAAAAAUAUCCAAUCAGAUUCCGUCUUUACAAAUCGGCAUAGCCAACACCAAAAUAGGCUACCUUACUUUGAUUUAAAAAAAAAAAAAGAUAAUAUGUCAUAAAAAAAAAUAAAACAUGUCAUGGCAUCGCCGUUGGAUGAUAGCGUUUACGAAACGUCCGCGUCCGAUCACAUCCAGGCGAAUUUCCACACACUGCCACUAGGGGGUGUACUAGAGUUUUAACGCUUUAACUAAGCAUUUAAAAUUUUUAUUGUAAUAGUUUAUACAACUCACAGCCACUAGGGGGUAUACUAGCGUCUUAACAACGUUUUAUUGUAAUUGUAUAUACAACUCAUAGCCACUAGGGGGUAUACUAGCGUCUUAACAACGUUUUAUUGUAAUUGUAUAUACAACUCAUAGCCACUAGGGGGUAUAAUAGCGUCUUAACAACGUUUUAUUGUAAUUGUAUAUACAACUCCCAGCCACUAGGGGGUAUAAUAGCGUCUUAACAACGUUUUAUUGUAAUUGUAUAUACAACUCCCAGCCACUAGGGGGUAUACUAGCGUCUUAACAACGUUUUAUUGUAAUUGUAUAUACAACUCAUAGCCACUAGGGGGUAUACUAGCGUCUUAACAACGUUUUAUUGUAAUUGUAUAUACAACUCCCAGCCACUAGGGGGUAUAAUAGCGUCUUAACAACGUUUUAUUGUAAUUGUAUAUACAACUCCCAGCCACUAGGGGGUAUACUAGCGUCUUAACAUUUUAUUGUAAUUGUAUAUGCAACUCCCAGCCACUAGGGGGCGAUCAGCAUCCACACAAUUUCUAGUUAAAAACACCAACAAUUCAACAAUAAGAAUUAAUUAAUUAAUCAAACAAAAACGCGUAACGUGAUGAUCCACAGUCCACAGGCCACGCCCCCAAAAGAUCCAACCAACAUGGCUGACAGUGGAGGGCGACUCCCACCUCGGGUUUGUGUCGAAGUCUCGGACGUCGUCGUCGUCGUCAGACGUGGGCGCUCUUGGCGUGGUUGGCAGACGAGGCGGCGGCCGCGGGGGCGCCCGGCGCGUUGCCCGACUUGGAAUAGUAGUAGUGGCUGUUGUCCCGGUACGGGUGGGAGGAGGCGGAGUCUGAGGAGCAGCAGGUGAGCAGGCAGCCGCCCAGGAAGGAACAGAUGACACCCGCCCAGCCGGCGUAGAGCGAGAAGCCGAAGGACAUCAGGUUCUCCUCCCAGUGGACCCCGAUGGGGAACCACACGGUGGACACCGCCCCACAUAGCGCUAGCGGGCACAGAAACACCAGAAUCAGUGAAAAACAUCAAAUGCAACAAAAGUGCUUAUGCUAGCGUGGGGGUUGCUAUGAUAUGCUGUGAUGCUAACGCAUAUACCGUAGCUCAUGUAGCUAAUAUAGCUAAUAUUGCUGUGUGCGUUUAGGACUUUAUUGUGGAAA